AUUGCUUCAUUAUUGAUAUUGAGAUAUCGUGUGUGUCAUUAUCACUCGCAUAGUUGAAUUUAUGGUCGUUCUCCUUACUUUGAAUAUUUCUCAGUGAAGGAAAGUUUUAUUCCAUUGAGUGAUUAAUAAUUUCAUAGUUUCUUGUCGAGGGUAACUUGAUGCUACUUAAAAAUGAUUUUGUCUUCGAAUUUCGAGAGGCUGUGAAGACGUUAAACUGGUUAAAAAGUUGUACGAAACAUUAGUUUGGAUUGAAAUCGUGUCUUUAUCGAGAAUUGCAAAUGGCUAAAAUCGCUUCAGAUGUGUUCGAUAUUUUGCACCCAACUCCUAUUACUCUUAGAGAGUUAUCAGCGAUCGUCAUUACCCUCGAAAUAUGGCGCUGCGAAAUAAAUAAAUACCGUUCGAGUAAUACAUUGAACGAGUUUUGUCCAUCUGAGGAACCUAUCUUAUCGAAACCCAUGAUUCGCGAUUUGCCAUCGAUAAUUUAUCCUAUGAUUGAUAAAUAUGUCAAAAUAUUUGGAGAUUCGAUGAGAGACUGGCUAAGGAGACAUCAUCUAACGCUAUUUCAUUUUCAUUUCGGCCAUAAAAACACUGUUUUGGAAUACUUCGAGGAUUUUGUAUGCGAUUACGACGGAACUAUUCAUUACGAGAGAACUGCCGAGCGUAUGAUGCAUUGUGAUCGAUUUAAUGUCGAUCAGAAGUUUCUAAUCGCUUGUACGUAUUGUUUCAAAGACGAUAUCAUACGAAUUUGGCCAUUUGGAUUGAAAAAGACAGACUCGCUGUAUAAAAAAUAUUUUGAAAAUCCGCAAUUCGCGUAUUGGAUUGGUUUUCUCGAAAAUGAUAUCUGGAUAACUCUACCUCCUAUCGAAGAACUGAUGUUUGAUAAAUUCAUGCCUCACAAUAGACCAUUGUUGGAAUAUUUUUGGAAUCUUAUUCCAUCGGAGAAUCGUUUGCGGAAAGCUGUCGAUCUUUAUAUCAAUGAUUUACCAUCGUUUGUUCGAUUCAUUUUGCCAAAAUUGGACGAUCAACAGCUCAAUGAAUUUCUUCAUGAAAAUGGCUGUGAAUUGUUAUAUGCUCUGUUGGAAAAAUCUUGUUAUGAUAAAGGAGUCAUUCUAUCGACGUGGAUUUACGUUAAAAACGCAAUGAACGAGAUUGCUUUCACAAAUCUGAUCGUGAAAUUGAUGCAAAAUGAGGUUACGAGAGACUGCGUGAGUUCCGAAUUGGAAUAUCGGGUCGAUGAUAGACGCGAUCUUGAUAAUUUUGUUCGAUUAUGUUUUGAAAUAUGGUACACUGCUGCAGAAAAUUUGAAACGUUCGGCUGUUAGAGACAUUGCAUCGAAUAAUGAAUUAUUUGAAGCCAUAUUCAACUGUAUUGGAGAUCCAUUAACCUCGAGAAAAAUUAAGGUCUUAUUGGCUGUCCUCUCUCACGCCACCUAUGAUCAGAGGAACCUUUUUUGGCAUAAUUGUUGGCAAUAUUUGAUUUAUAAAACAACAGUCAAAGUGGUCGAAGAUUUAGAUAAAAUGAUGCUACGUUUACGAGAAGAAGAUGUGAUAGCAAUGAGGAAAUACUUCGAUGAGGAUAUAAAGCAUGAUUUUUUUAGACGAUUACUGCUGUUGACGUUGUUCGACGAAAUUAAUCAACUCGUGAGAUUGUUAUUACCGGAAAUACAAGCAGCCAGAAAUUUUAAACAAAAAAUACUACGGUUAGCUUUUCUCAAUGAUGGAUUUUGUGGUACUCGUAGUUUCGCAUGGAUCGUCAUGAAACAUAAAGAAUUCGAUGAAUUUAUUAGAGAUGCUUAUGAAAAUGUCGAUCAGUCUACAGACUUUAAAAAUGAGCUCAUGUCGUCACCUUUCGUCAAUCAAUGUUACACAAGCCGUGCUUUAGUUUUACCUUCCAAGCAACUUAUUGCGUUUAUCGAAACUUUUGCCUCGACUGAGCGAAUUCUUCUUGAGGUAAAAACUCGCAUGAUUGAUUUUUUAAAGAAUGAUGCAGCUGAUUUUGAAUAUGUGGUACCGAAAUCUUCGAUCACACCUCUUUUAUCAUGGUGUUUGGAAGGUAAUGAAGAAGUUUCAAGAUUUGAGCUGAGCUAUUUAUGAUCUAGUUUUGGUAGAAUAAUGUAAAAAUCACACCUAGUUGAACAAUUUUUUUUCAUAGAUUCGUGGUGUGGAAUGUUUUUGUCGAGCCAGAUUUUUGCAUUCUAAUUCAUCUCUUUGUUGAUUUUUUUUUAAUUUUCAUUUUAUAACUUUAUUUUAUUGUUGUGUAAAUAAUCCAUGUCUUAUAUUUACGAGUAUUGUAAUUCAAUCCUGUAAAUCGGUGAUUAAUUAAAAAUAAUUAUGCUAA